GUCGCUAAUAUUCUGGGAGUGCCUUGAUCAGUCGACACUCCACGGGAAUUGUAUUCUUGGUACGCAAGUGCAGUGCUGCAAUUAAACAUGGCGGUAAACUCCGAAGAUGCCAGCCACGAUCUGUACGCGGUUCAACUUUACGACCAAGAGUACUUAAGGCCUCGCACGACGGAGGUGCAUGGCUUACAUCUGCCAGAGAAGAACACGUUUACAAUCCGCGUCGAUCCAAACAUGUUAGCCGACAACAAAGAAUAUUCAGUGCCCAAACGCCUGGAACACCUCGAGAAACGCCUACAAGGAGGCAAAAGCAGGGAAAAGCGAGGGACUUUCCGCAAGGAAAAUUUACUGCUCGUCGACUUGGAGAGAACCAGCGCGCUCAGUGACUUAAUCACCGGAGAGAUACCCGUAUUCGCUCUAAAAACUUACAAAGAAGAAGGCGAGAAACGCUACAUGGAAUUUUCACUGACCAAGAAUGCUUCAGACAAUCUGAGGCAAAAGGAUCAACAAAGGAGGUUGGAAGUCGCCAUGAAAAUCGCUUUCGCCAACUACCUUCACUGGAGCCGUGUCUACGAGGAAAUUGAAGGCAAAACUGAGAAAUCAGCGCUCGAGAUCGAGCGACAAGAAGAUUUGGAAGAGUACCUUCGUAAUCCACUCGAGUGCAAGGGCAUUGUCUACUGCUACCUCGUGAUAGAUGAGUCACAAACGGCAGAUAAAAAAUACCAGUUCUACAUUGGCAAAGCAGAGGGAGAAUUCACUAAGAAGAUCAAGGAACAUAACACGUCGGGUAACAAGCCGCUAUUGGAACUGUCAUUGCAAGACAAGGCGCUUUGGCCGAGAGAAGAUCAACACCUUAAACGAAAAUUUAAAGAAUCGCUGCCGAAAUCCCCCAAGAAAGGUGCAAAGAAAAGCGAUGACAUCCACGUACCGCAGCUUGACUAUGAGCCAAAAGUUGUGGUGCUCACUUUGGACUUUGGCUACACGGAGAAACUUGCCGAAAAAUUCAAGAACUCGAUCGACGCGGAGGACACAACAGAAAAGCUCGCCCAGAGUUACGCACAAUACUUUGCCGCCAAGGGCCCCAUUGGACUAAAUGGCUGACAUUGCAGCCUUUGAACAUGUGAUUUCCAGUAGUAGUAGGAAGUUAAAUUAAAUAAUGCACCAGGAUUUUUUGUUAUCACUGCUUUAGGACAAUAUGGAAAGGCCGUAAAUACUACGUAAAGUACAGGCUUCGAGACAAAAUGUUAGCAUCAAGACGGAAUUUUGUCAGUUUGAAUCAGGGAUGAGAUCUGAUCUAGAUUUGUCAUGAAUCUGUUACUAUUUUUUCCCAGAUGCGAGGUGAUAUAUGUAUGUAGCAUUCAUGAGAUAACACAAACUCUUGGUAUUCAAGAAGGCGUUAUCACACACACAUCUGGAGCAUUCGAUUCAUUCCGUGCGUUUCUUCAAGACUAAACUUUCCGCAAGAACCCAAAAACAUCACUGGUGCUAAGUGACUGUAUGUUUCAAAAAGCAGUUGAUUGAGAAUGAAUUAAACGACUGCGGUGAAGACAUUUCAAACCGCAGAGUGGAAGAAGUAAAAUACUACUCACGAAAGCUCUAGAUCUUGGUGAAGGCGCUACAAUUUUUUCUACAAUUUAAGUGUUCCUAUGAUGUUUACAAACGUUUCGGCCUUCGGUAAAGGAGACAGCAUUUUCUGGAAUAAACUUUUACCGCGACAUGAUCAAUACAAGCUCCGCUAGUAUCUGCACAUUUAAAUUAAUAAAACUAUCGAAGUAAAUAAUAUCGAGAUGUGCAAAGAUUUAGUUUUGGUGAGGAUAUUCUAUCCAGUGCGUGACAAACGAAAUUGUAUCUGUCUCCACUUUAAUCGCUUAGUAUUCGAGUGUGUUUCAAGAAACGCUAUCUGCCAUCACUCGUUGUUAUUCAUGUAAAUUAGGGGAAACAAUUCGUUUCGACAUCUAACGACUGGUUGUUGUGUGUGUGUUUUUCUUUUUAAAGUUAAAUCUUAAGGAAAGCAAAAUAAAGAAUGACUCUUUACAACGAAGGAUGUGAAGAUGCAAGUGAAA